GCAACAAAUUCUCACCCACUUUCCAUUCUUAUGCUAUUAUUAUUAUUACCCUUAUAGACUUAGUUACGUCACCACGCAAUUCAAGUUCUCAUCCUCCACUACACACUGAACCCCACCACCAUCCAGAUUCAUUCAUUUGAAGUUUUAAGUUUUAACCGCACCAUACGACGUCGUUCAACGAAAUGACCUCCUCGCCGACACCGAAUGCCCCACACACUCCCACUCCACCGCCGACGCGCAUACCACCGCCAUGCGGCCUCUAGCCUCUCCGCCCUCAUGUCGCCGGAAUCCACCGUCCUCCACCUCCGCCGGAGCCCCUGCGCCGCCCUCCUCUUCUUCGCCCUCUCUCUCUCAUGCGUCCUCCUCUUCAGAAACGCCUACUACUCUCGCUUCGCUCCUUCCAAUCCCUUAUCUCGCUUUUCCACUCUUCUUCUCUCCGACGAUUCCCUCGCUGUUAGCAAUGAAUAUCCACUCGAAAAUAUUCUUAAAGAGGCUGCUAUGAAAGAUGGAACAGUUAUCUUGACCACAUUAAAUGAAGCAUGGGCAGCACCAAAUUCUGUCAUUGAUCUAUUCCUUGAGAGCUUUAGAAUUGGAGAUCGGACACGUAGACUUUUGAAUCACCUAGUAAUUAUUGCUUUAGACCAGAAAGCAUUUAUGCGCUGUCAGAAAAUACACCCGCAUUGCUAUUUGCUUGUUAGUGAAGAGAUUGAUUUUCAUGAAGAGGCAUACUUUAUGACUCCUCACUACUUGAAGAUGAUGUGGAGACGAAUAGAUUUCCUACGUUCUGUUCUGGAGAUGGGGUACAAUUUUGUGUUCACUGAUGCUGAUAUCAUGUGGUUUAGAGAUCCAUUUCCUCGGUUUCACAGUGAUGCAGAUUUCCAGAUAGCAUGUGAUCAUUUCACGGGCAGCUUUGAUGAUAUAGAGAACAGACCAAACGGAGGAUUCAACUUUGUAAGGUCCAAUAAUAGGUCAAUUGAGUUUUACAAAUUUUGGUAUUCUUCACAAGCAACCUAUCCAGGAUACCAUGAUCAGGAUGUCCUCAAUUUUAUCAAGGUUGACCCUUUCAUUACCGAUUUAGGACUGAAGAUGAAAUUCUUAGAUACAGCCAAUUUUGGCGGGCUUUGUGAACCAAGUAGAGAUUUAAAUAAAGUUUGCACGAUGCAUGCAAAUUGUUGCUACGGCAUGGAUAGUAAACUUCAUGAUCUUAGAGUUUUGCUUCAAGAUUGGAAAUAUUAUUUGACCUUACCUCCAAGUAUGAAGAAAUUGUCAAUUAUUUCCUGGAGGGUUCCUCAAAAAUGCAGCCUUUAUUCUCUCAAGCCUCAAGGUUCACCAGAAAAGAGUGUUGAAGAUGAUUGAAGUUCUAAUGCCAUUUGUUAAUUUCUAAUACAUUGACGUGGAAGUUCAGCUGAAAUGCAGCUGGACGAAAGGCUUUUUUUUAGUUUUUUUUUUAGGUCUGCUACUGUAGACUGUAGUCAACCAGAAUGGGGCUAUAGUAUAGACAGCUCUGGCGGAUACAAACUAAAAGAGAAAAAUCAAUUUUGCUAAACCAUGUACUGAAGAAAUAUCUUUACACUCAAAUUACACUUUUGCAAUCUGAAAGAUAUAACAUUCUGUUCAAUUCAUUGAAUCUUGUUUGUGCGUUGCACAUUUUUGUGCAACAUUUUGUUGUAUUAUUCGUGGUUUCUUUUUCCA